AUGGAAGGAAAGGUUGUGGUGCUGCUCCGAACGAGCAGUGUUGCACGAGCCCCCAUCUACAAACACCUCCGGGAAAUGGGCGUUAUUUUUGUGGUCGUCCACCCGGUGCGGCCGGCCGAUGCGUUUGAUGGGGUCUUUCAUUAUCAUCUGCAACAUGACACAAAUGAAGUGGAUGCACUUGAACCCAUACUUAGGCGUUUUCUUACGCAGCACGAAUUGUUACCGGAUGCAAUCAUAUCGUUUGAUGAGUACGGUAUCUACCCUGCAGCUGUGUUGUCUCAGCGCAUGGGGUAUCGUCCCAUUCCACUGCCACCAGAAAAGUUACGAAGGACAUGUGUAAAGUCCCUCCUUCGCGAGGACUGUGCAAGGGAAGGCAUCGCGUCUCCGAAAGCGGGGGUUUUGACUCGCCCCCAAACAGCAUCAGUAGAACUAGUAGUGCACAUUCAAGAGACUCUGAAAGCGGCGGGAGUGACUUUUCCCCUUGUGUUGAAGCCUUCCCCUGGGGCAGGGAGUAUAUUGGCAAAACUCUGCUACGGUGUGGAGGACGUGCGGGAUCAUGCGCUCUUGAUGUGGGAUGCUUUUGCCUCGCAUAGUGAUAUGAAGCAUUUGACAGCCGUCCUUAACCCUGCGGAGGGGAUGGAGAGGGUGGAAAUACUGUUCGAGGAGUACAUUGGCGGCCAGGAGGUUGAUUUGGACUGUUGUGUAGAAAAUGGUAAUGUUGUUUUCUGCUCCAUCUCCGAUAACUUUGAGGUGCGUCCGCCUUAUUUUCUUGAGGAGGGAGGACUGUGCCCCACGGCACUGCCAAUGUACGAGCAACGAGAAUUAAUGAGGCUAUUGGAUAAAUUUGUGGUACUCCACGGCAAGGAUCUUCAUGGUGUUUUGCAUUUUGAGGCAAAAUAUGACUUUGAACGACGCCAGGCGUAUGUGAUUGAGGUGAAUUGUCGCCUAGGGAGUGCGGAGACAAACAGCAUGCUACGAACCUGCUACCGUGGCCUGCAGCUGGGUGAGUCACUGGUGCGGUGUGCAUUGGGGUUGUCAGUAAGAGAGCAGCUUUUUCUCCUCUACCCGGAGAAACUGGAGGAGGUAGGCAGCAACGAGAAUGAGGCGAAAGAUGCCUUGUUUCCGCCGAGUUGCUACUGUGCUUCUGUAAACAUCUAUCCUUUUCAGGAAGGGAGUUUGGUGCGGCUGGAGGUGCCCGUAUCUGGAAAGGGACUUGUUGACUAUGGAGUGGCUGCCGUGCCAGGGGCUUUGGUGGCGCCACCGCCAAAUUCGUUUACUUUCCUGGCCUGGAUGGUCGCCCAAGGGACGACGGCGGAAGAAGCGACGAUGGCAAUUGCCAAUCUCAGAGAAAACUUUGUGCAAGAAAUAUCUGCGGCCCAAUGA